GCCAAGGAACUUGAGGAAUGGAAGACUACCCAGAAUUCCUCAGGUCCACCCAGGAAGAAGGAGAGCUGGAACAUGACUGCGUGGAGGUAAUCGAACAAGUGUACGCCAGCCGGAAGGACCUGAAGGAUGAGCCACUGCCGGACCCUGAUUGGGAACUGUUCACGGACGGGUCCAGCUUUGUGGAAAAAGGUACCAGGUAUGCAGGGUAUGCAGUGGUCACCUUGCAGCAGAUAGUGGAAGCAAGGGCAUUGCCCCCGGGCACGUCAGCGCAGAAGGCAGAAAUUUGGGCUCUGGUAAGAGCCCUGUUGUUGAGCCAAGGGAAGAAAGUCAACAUAUGGACUGAUUCCAAAUAUGCAUUUGGAGUAGUACAUGUGCAUGGGGCUCUGUGGAAGGAGCGGGGACUUCUUAAUUCACAGGGGUUGUCAAUCAAGCACAGGGAAGAGAUAAUUAUGUUACUGGAAGCGAUUUACAAACCAUCGGCAGUUGCAGUGAUGCACGUCAAAGGACAUCGGAACGAUCCAGGAAAAGAAUUCCAGGGAAAUCGACAAGCGGACCAAGUGGCAAAGCAGGUUGCCAGAGAGAUAUGGACCCAAUUAGCUUUGCUACCGGCUCGGGGCAACCCUGCUGCUGCACACAUGGAGGACAAACCACAUUACACGCCAGAGGACGAGAAGCUGGCUCGGAUGUUGCAGGCACGAAAGAACAUCAAGGAUUUGGAGUGCCAUUAG